GCUGUUGUUAGUGCCCCUUGCCUUUGUAGCCUCAAUCAAGCCAAUCGCUGCUACUACCAGACUCCAGUCGCUCACCCAACAUGUCCAUCCAGACCUCCUCCAGCGCCAUGAUUCCGUGCUAAAGGAUGCCGCUGGCAUACAUAUUGCAGGCCGUUUCUCUCCCGUCCCAAUGCCAGCCCAUCUUUCCGUGAGGCGCCCGUCGCCAACAACGGCUUCGUUUACAGUCUCCAAUGCUCCAUCUCGCCAGACAUGGCCAGCAAUGCUUGCCUUCGGUGUCGAGGUUCUAUUGAAAGCGCUUGGCUUCAUAUCAGUGCUCCUGGUUAAUAUAACAAAGCUCCGCCGCUCUGUUUUUGCCGAAGACUGUAGUUGGGGGAUUCCCACAGAAUGGUGGUCAACCAAGACUGGAGCCACGGCCUGUAGGGUUGCAGACCAUUAUCCCUACUCGAUCGUGGCUCUUGCAAGUGCCGUUACAUUAUAUCUGGUUUGGCGAAAAGGAUAUACUGAGGAAUCCCUUUUGGUUAUCCGUGGGCUUGGUAUUCAAACUUCCACGUCCUCUUCCACGUACUGGUCUAGUGCGGCAACAAGAUUCAUCCCGACCACACAAAUUCAAGAUAUUGUGAUCCACGAAGCUUUCAAGGGAUUCGAAGUCCGCUUCUACCUAGCAAUUAUCGUGGAAGGCGAAGGCGAUGUAGUGGUUGUCUUUCCGAACAUCCUACCCAAGCGCAAGAUUCUUGAGGAAGUCUGGCGUGGCGCUCGUCAUUGCCUUUACGAAUCUAAAUCAGGGCCGUCACCCGGGUAGUUCGCCAAGUACUGAGACGACUAUAACUUUCCAAAACGA